GCGUCAUCUGUGAACGAACUAUCGAUAAAGCUCUGAUUUUGUACUUUUACACUUUCAACGACUUCUGUUUACGAUGGAGGACAAGAACAGUUCUGGAACCGUGGCGGUGGCGGAGAGUGCGGCGAUGAACACAUCCUUGAAAAAGGUUACGAAGUCCAAGCCGAAGGCGUCGCGCAUAAAGUCGUCUCAUCCACCGACAUCGGAGAUGGUGAAUUCCGCCAUAAAGGAGCUCAAGGACCGCAAAGGAUCGUCGCUGCAAGCUAUCAAGAAGUACAUAGCGAGCACUUACAAAGUCGACGGCGAGAAACUGGCACCGUUCAUCAAGAGGUACUUGAAAACUGCUGUGACUUCUGGCGCUGUUGUCCAAACGAAGGGAAAAGGCGCCUCAGGCUCGUUCAAGCUCUCUUUGUCCCCAAAGGGCUCGGAUUCCAAAGGUAAACCGAAACGCGAACUGAGGAAGACCGAGUCGUCCGUGCCGGAGAAGAAGGUCGCCGAGAAGAAGCCGGCAAGUCAGAAGCGUGUCGCCGCCGUGAAAAAACCAGCCGCGAUCAAGAAACCAGUGGCAGUUAAGAAACCGGUGGCAGCCUCGCCGAAGAAAAUGAAGACCGCCGCCGCGAAGAAAGCGCAGGCAAUGGAGAAACAGAAGGCAGCCCAGUCGAAGAAUCUGUCGAAAACCAAGAAGGCUACGAAAGCACCGGCGGCGAAAACGAGAACGCCGAAGCCGAAAACUGCCAAAUCGCCGAAGGCUACGAAAUCCUCCAAGGCUACCAAGGCAACGCCGAAGAAGUAAAUUGUUCAACGAUAAAACAAUACCAUUGGCCCUUUUCAGGGCCACAAAAAUCUUUGACGAAAGAACAAUCUCGAUUCUGACUGCCUUUAAUCCUUUUCGUUCCUUCUAUUCCCAAUAAAGUAUA